CAGAGCGGUGCUGUCAUGGAACAGAUUUUUUUUCUUCAUCUAUCUAUUCUCUUUAAACAAUGUCCGCCUCCUCUUCUCCACGAUCCAAUUCUUCACAGGCAACUCUAGAUGCCUCUCUCCUUAAUCGAAUUCAGAAUGGUCCUCCUCUCACUCAACCAGUGCCUCCCCCAAACGCAGGCAACACCACUGUGUUAGCGCCCCUGUCCACCACCAACAGACCCGGAAUAUCGUCUAUGGUUCAGGCAAGAUCGUCUUGUGCUUCUAGGCAUUCAAGCCACUGUCAACAGUGCAGUUGGUCCUACUAUAAACAGUUGCUCAACCUCUGCAGAUGCUUGGGACAAGCUUCAAGCAAGCUAUGCAAAUCGAUCCAACACAAGGAUGCUGACUCUCCUCACCACGUUGAUGAAAACAACCAAGGAGGGUAUCAGCGUAUCAGAAUAUAUAUAUGAUGAAGAUCAAAAGUGUGAUUGACGACCUAGCCUUAAUUGGUCAUCCCGUGAGUGAUAAAGAGAUCAUAGGCCACACUCUCAACUUCAAGAUGAGUUUAAAGAACUGACUGCUGCUGUUCGGGUUCGUGACUCACCUAUCAGAUUUGAAGAUCUUUAUAACAAACUAUUAGAUGAGGAGCUGAUUCAGAAAUGAGGAGAAAUUAAGAAGACAGACACUCCCGUUACCGCUCAAUUCACUCAAAGGAGCAGUUGGAAUAAGAAUAAAGAUGGUUUUACUCACAAUAGAAAUUUCUUCUCAAACAAUAGGUCACCCCAGGGAUCUCCCAGUCAACAACACUUCAAUUGCAACCGAGGUUACUCUCGUAGUCUCCCUUAUCAAGGUACUGGCUACAACUCUGGAGCCUUUUCUCAACAAUCUAAUUCUUGGAGGCCUAAUUUUCAGCAGGGACAACCCAAAGUUAUCUGUCAAUUGUGUGACAAAGUAGGCCAUACCGCUAAAGUCUGUCGCUCGAAACCAAAACCAACCCAACAACAAACUUGGCCGUAGGCUAA